UUAAUUUUAGGCUAAAGAUGAAUUAGAAAAUAUUGAAAAUAGAUAUGAUGCAUAUGUAGUCAAAGCCAGAGAAAUAGAUUGGUCAUUGGAUAAUGUGCAAAGCAUUAAUAAGGAAAAGAUUCGUGAAAUUGAAGAAAGAAAACUCAAACUUCAUCCUGAUGUUUCCUUAAGUGACGAAUACCUUACCAGGAGAAAAAAUGCAAAUAAUAGUCCUGUCACGAACAUGUCCUCAUCAUUAAAAAGAGAAAUGUGUAUUGGAGAUGAAUCAAGUUUACCACGGAAAGCGUCAACUACAUGGAGUGAAAUUGAACGACAUAGAAAACUCCAUCUUGAACAAACAGGUGACUUGGUCAUUGAAGAACAAAAACGUCGUUUGCUAGAGUUGAAACAUAAAGCUGCCAAUGAAGUAAAAGAAGAAUGGGAACGCAAACGAAGUGCAACAUUACCAUCAAACACUGCAAACAUCUCUGUGUAUAAUUCUAGUGAUACUGGAAGUAUAUCAAGUUUUGAAAGUAUUGAAGGCAUGUUAGAUUCAUCUGGUAGAAUACCAUCAAGUCCUCACAGGAUUCCAAGGACUUACAGUGAUAGUACAUCAUCCAGGUCUUCCGGAUAUCCUCAGAGCCCUAAAAGUCCAAGAAGCCCAAUUAGAACUAAAGAAGAAGAAAUGAAACAACUUGCUGAAAUGGAGAUAGUAUUACAAGCAGCUCAAGCUGAGAAACAGGCUAUGAAACAGGAACAGCAGAGAGAAAGUGAAUUGAAGGAGCUGGGAGAAGAACGAAAAAAAAGAGAAGAACUGGAACGUAAAUUGAAAGAAGAAACAUUGAAACGGGAAAAAAUAAUUGAAGAAGAAGUUAAGUUACGAGAAAAAGAAAGAGCAAAGCAUUCACAGCAGUCACGACCUAUGACCCGAUAUCUGCCAAACUGCAACGCAAAUCUAGAUUUAUGUCAACACAUAGAAUCAGCUGGACACAGUGUUGAUACAUGUAAAGACAUCAUUCUUACAAAGACAAGCUGUAGAGGAUACAUGAUAAAGAUGGGUGGAAGAAUAAAGACGUGGAAGAAGCGGUGGUUUGUGUUUGAUCGAAUCAAACGGUCUUUGUUAUAUUACCGAAAUGAGAAGAAUGAAAAUAAACCACUUGGUGGGAUGUACUUUCAGGCAAUACAAGAAGUCUACUAUGAUCAUUUAAGACCAUAUAAAAGUCCCAACCCAGAUCUCACAUUUUGUGUUAAAACUUUUGAGAGAGUGUAUUACAUGGUUUCACCUUCACCAGAAGCAAUGCGAAUAUGGAUGGAUGUAGUACUAACAGGUGCUGAAGGUUACCAACAAUUUUAGAAUCACACUCGGGAAUAUCUACUAUCCAGUGAGUCUACAUCAGGCUGAACUUAUCAAAUCAAAACUUCAAUCCAUGCAAUUUUCUGUUCAUACAGAAUCAGAGUGUAAUAUUGUAUAUGCUGUCUACCGUAAUACAGACUUUUGACAACUGCAAUCUCUUCCCAUUCACUUAUCAAAGUAGUAAGAUACAUGUAUGCAUUUUAUUACUGACAGAUUUCUUCCUAUCAUCAGAAAAUGUCUUUUCAUAUGUUCAUCUUGACAGUGAAGUGAAUAAUAAGAUUAUUUUUGGGCAUCAUAACAAGUGUUUUUGUUCAAAUAUAUUUGUCUAAUUCAAUAUCAUGCAAUUGUACUUGUACUUUUUAGUGAACAGGUAUAUAUGUAAUCAAAUAAUUGUAAACUACAACAUUACAACAUUACAGUCUAUUUUUAAAAAAAAUGAUGAUUUUGUU